AUGGACUACGACGCCUACGAUGCCCUGCUUCAUCACAUUUUUAAGCAGACACAAGGGGAUGCGUGGUUCAAGCCAUCGGAAGAGAACAUCCACGCGGGAGUUUGUCUUCGAGUCGAUAACAACAACUUUCGUGUGUUCCCUUACGAAAACGAGUACCUAGAGCCGUUCGAGGUAGCCAUACGUGUCCUGAACCCCGUCGUCGCGGUCAAGGUCCGCAGCGCAGCAAUCCAUGCGGCAUUGGGCACUGUCAAGGAGGAUGCCGAUUGCAUCUAUGUCGACACCGAUACGCGUAUCCAGAUUAUGGACUCCAUGGCAUUCCUGCCCCGUGCGGAUAAGGAGCAAUGUGCCGCCUUCAUCCGCGACGAACGCGUGAUGGUCGUAUGGACUUACGAUCUCGACAGCAUCAUUCCCACGUGCCGCGACUUCGAAGAGAAGCUUAUCAAGCUCGUCUGGACCCGCCGCUCCGCAUUCGCCUCGCUCGCCAGCUCCGCUGCGCCCUCUACUGUCGCUUCUAACGUCAACCUCACAGAGAAGACGGUCGAGGCGACGAGUGAGAAGCCGGGCGCCGUCGUGCCCGCCCCCAAGGAACUGAAGGCCCCCAAGAAGCGCGGCUGCAACAUCUUCGGGUACUGGAAGGCCAACGCAAGCGACGUCGAGAAAACUGCCGAUGGCCCUUCCGCUAGGCCUAUGCGGAUGUUCGCCCCUGUGUACUGUGGUCUAGGUGCUGGACUCUCUCUCUUCUUUAUUGGGAGCGGCGUCAGUGUGCUGCUCGAGGAGUCCCUCCUUGACGGAUAUUGGCCCCGGUUCGCGCUCCUCGUCACAGUGCCUUUCCUGUUCUGCGUGUCUCUAUUCUUCUCUCUCAUGAUCGUCACCAACAUCACCUACGUCAUCGGCCCGGUCGCGCAAUUCCAUGAGAACUCGAAGUACUACUCGGCGGUGCCCCCUGCGCCGAACAAGUUAGUCGACGAAAACCUGCCGCACAUGACGAUCGAAAUGCCCGUGUACAAGGAGAGUCUGACGGAAACUAUUGCGCCUUCGGUGUACUCGCUCAAGAAGGCAAUGCAGACGUACGCGCGCCAGGGCGGCACCUCGUCGAUCUUCGUUCACGACGACGGCCUGCAACUCAUUUCUGAGGAGGAGCGCCAGGCUCGUAUCUCUUUCUACGCCGACCACAACAUCGGAUGGGUUGCGCGUCCGCCCCACAGCAGCGCACCCGACGGCUACAAGCGGGCGGGUCGGUUCAAGAAGGCGUCGAAUAUGAACUACGGCCUUGCCCUCUCGCUCAAGAUGGAGAAACACAUCCUCGAGCUCGAAGCAGCAGCGGCAGCAGCGAACGGCGUUGACGACUUUGAGGACAACAUCGAGGAGCGCGCGCUUGAGAUGGCCAUCGAGGAGACGUACGAGGAGAGCGGUCGUAAGUGGCGGCCAUGGGCCUGUAACGCGAAGUCCCUUCGUGUGGGAGAGAUCAUCUUGAUCGUCGACUCGGACACCAUCGUACCGGAAGACUGCCUGCGCGAUGCCGCGCGUGAGCUCGCUGAGUGCCCGGAGGUCGCCAUCAUCCAACACGAGUCGGACGUCAUGCAGGUCGCGCAUCACUAUUUCGAAAACGGCAUCACCCACUUCACGCGACGGAUCAACCGCUGCAUUUCGAUGUGCUGCGCGAACGGCGAGGUUGCUCCAUUCGUCGGACACAAUGCGUUUCUUCGAUGGUCUGCGCUCCAGGACGCAGCCUUCAUUGACGAGGCUGAUGGAAAGAAGAAGAUCUGGUCCGAGUCGAACGUGUCUGAGGACUUCGAUAUGGCGCUUCGUCUCAUGCUGCGCGGUUUUGUCAUGCGCUGGGCUACCUACUCCAACCGCGGCUUCAAGGAGGGUGUUUCGCUCACGUGUGAUGACGAGCUUAACCGCUGGCAAAAGUACUCCUACGGAUGUAACGAGCUUAUCUUCAACCCGCUCGUCCAGUGGUGGUACAAGGGCCCUAUCACCAAGCAGUUGCGUACCUUCAUGUGGUCGGACGCUCCGAUUCACUAUAAGAUCGGGAUGAUGUCGUACAUGUUCUCGUACUACGCUCUUUCCGGCGCUUUCGUUCUGUCCACGAUGAACUAUUUCCUCCUCGGAUGGAACCUACCGAUUGAUGACUACUACGAGCAUAGCUUUGAGAUUUGGUUGGCGUGCACGGUUGUCUUCCCCGGUGCAGGUAACCUUGGAUUCACGAUGCUUGAAUAUCGUCUCGGCUCUCGGUCAUUGUUGGACGCUGUCGUCGAGAACCUGACCUGGAUUCCGUUCUUCUUCUUCUUCUUCGGUGGCCUGAGCCUUCACUUGUCUCAGGCACUCCUCGCACACCUUUUCUCGUACAACAUCACCUGGGGUGCAACGAAGAAAGAAGUCGAGCGCUCUAACUUCUGGCAGGAGGUGCCGAAGAUUUUGAAACGUUUCUGGAUCGCCUUCGCGUUCUCAUUCAUCAUGAUCUUUAUCAUGAUCAUUCUCACCACGGAUGUUGUCCCAAUUGGAUGGCGCAUUUUUGGAUGGGACUGGGCUGUCAUCGUGCCGGUUGCCAUCGUCGUCGGCUGUCAUGUUUUGUAUCCGAUCCUUCUCAACCCAUGGCUGAUGAUCUUCUCUUAUUGAGCGACAUCCUCUUCGGUGGACAUCGAUCAAGGACUCUCCAC